CAGACAGCAGCCGCUACAGGGAAGAUGGAGGACGGCAUGUCAGCGGCGGAGCGGACCACCGGCCCCCAGUCCCACCCCCGCUGAAACCCGACAUUAAUCUGCAGCCGUUGCCUUCAUCUGAGUGUACCAGAGGGACCAGUUGGGACCAUGGAGUCCUAAGAAUUCACCCAAGAACCACAAAGUUAUGAAUCCCCAGGAGACAGAGCUUGGCCAGGAGGUGAUGGAGGAGGGGGAUGUGCCUCCUCGCCAUCGCCACAACAGCCGAUCUCGUAACCACAGCAACCAAGAGAAGCGCUACAGGCGCUGUGACGCCCCCGGGGGGAGCAGAGCCAAGGGAGCACCUCAACGCCGGUCUCAGGAGGAGCAGGACCUGGAGCUGCAACAGGGAGCCUCCAUCCAACCCGCAACCGCUCAGCAGCAACAACACCCCAUUCCUCGGCCUGCGGUGACCCGGUACCGCCGACAGGGUGACAGCGAGGCCCGGAUCAGAGCCCAGCAGCAGAGGCACCGACAGAGGCAGCAGAGGGAGGCGGAGAGAGCACAACACUUAGCACAACAGCAGGAGAAGCAGCAGCAGGCGGAGAUGACCCUGGACAACGAACGGGAGCGGGACGACUCGGCACUGGCCCGCUCUGCCAGCACCGAGAGCGGCUUCCACACCCAUACAGACCGGGCCGAGGGCGACGACGGCCUCGUCAUGAUGUCUCUGGAGCCUGAGGGACACCCGGAGCCAGAGGAUGAGGUGGGGAAUUACGGCGUCCAGCUUCGGCCUGAGUCCGAGGGAUACACCGAGAGCGCCGAGGCUGAGCAGCUGCAUCUUCAUCCCCAUCCGGGUUACCCCUCUCAGCCCCCGCCCCUGCCAUACGAACCCCUGCCUGACCUCCAGAACCACCAGAGACCAGAGGAACCGGUGGAAAUGUCAAGCCCUGGGUACUCAAACUACGUCUACACUCAGCCCCUGAGCCACUCUGGAGGACGGUCCUCUGCCUCCGCUGGCCAGAGCCUGGACAGUCUGGACGCUGGACUGGCAGACGAAGCCUACUCUGAGCCAUAUGACAUUUAUUCGCUCUCUGAACAUGUUUACGAGGAGAUCUGUGAUGCCCCCCCACCUGCCACAUCUGCUGCAGACCAGCCUGAGGACACAGAAUCUCUGCAGCAGAGGAGGGCCGGUUUUCGGCUGCUGGAGGGUCAGAGGAGUCCGAGGGGUGGAGAUUUCCACCAGCAGGAGGCCGUGGGCUCUCGUUUACGCCACUAUGAUGAACGAUCAGAUGGCGAGUCCGACAGCCCGGAGAAGGAGGCGGAGUUCGCACCGUACCCGCGGGCUGACAGCUGUGACCAGGACGAGGACAUCGACAGCAUCGUGGCCGAGGUCAAAGAAAGCUUCAGCUCCCAGAGUCUUCAUCAUGCUGCCGAUGACACCAUAGAUGAGGAAAACGAGCCACAACAGGCAGAAGAAAAUCCUCAGUUUGAGUCCCACACUGAUUACUCGCUGGAGUCCAACAAAAACCACAAAACUGGCAACAGAGAGAAGACGGCCAGGAAACAGAGUCCUGCAGAGGAGACGGUGGCUGUGAGGAGCAUGCAGGAGAAGAGGGACGCCAUUUCACUGGCCAUCAAGGACAUUAAGGAGGCCAUAGAGGAGGUGAAGACCAGGACGGUGAGAUCUCCUUACACUCCUGAUGAACCCAAGGAGCCCAUCUGGGUGAUGAGGCAGGACCUGAGCCCCACUGCCGAGGGUGACCUCCAGCCCUCACUGGGUGGAGACUCUCCAGGGUCUGGGUCUCCGUCCCCCCCAGGGGCGGGCUCAUCCAGCCGUCACCUCCUGCAGGACGACAGCUUCGAGUCGUCUCCAUCCAGUAAAGAGUCCAGGAGAAGCCUUGCAUCCUUCCCGACCUAUGUGGAAGUGCCAGGCCCAUGUGACCCAGAAGACCUGAUCGAUGGCAUCAUCUUUGCGGCCAACUACCUGGGCUCCACCCAGCUGUUGUCAGACAAGACUCCGUCCAAGAACAUCCGCAUGAUGCAGGCGCAGGAGGCCGUGAGCCGCAUCAAGACGGCCCAGAAAUUAGCCCAGAACAGGAAGAAGGCUCCAGAGGAUGAACCUCAGCCCAUGACGGAGGUGGAUCUGUUCAUCUCCACUCAGAGAAUCAAAGUCCUCAAUGCAGACUCCCAGGAGACCAUGAUGGACCAUCCUUUGCGGACCAUCUCCUACAUCGCUGACAUCGGAAACAUCGUGGUCCUGAUGGCUCGACGUCGUAUGCCUCGACCCGACUCUCAGGAGAAUGUGGAGGCCUCGGAUCCGGGUCAAGACAGCAAACGGCAGUACAAGAUGAUAUGCCAUGUGUUUGAGUCGGAGGAUGCCCAGCUAAUUGCCCAGUCCAUUGGGCAGGCCUUCAGCGUGGCCUACCAGGAGUUUUUAAGGGCCAAUGGCAUCAACCCUGAAGACCUGAGCCAGAAGGAGUACAGCGACCUGCUCAACACCCAAGACAUGUACAAUGAUGACCUCAUCCAUUUUUCCAAAUCGGAGAACUGCAAGGAUGUGUUUGUAGAGAAAGCUAAAGGAGAAAUCCUGGGCGUGGUCAUUGUGGAGAGUGGGUGGGGCUCCAUUCUGCCCACUGUCAUCAUCGCAAACAUGAUGCAUGCUGGUCCGGCUGAGAGGUCCGGCAGACUGAACAUAGGCGACCAGAUCAUGUCCAUCAAUGGCACCAGCCUGGUGGGACUGCCUCUGUCCACAUGUCAGAGCAUCAUCAAGGGCCUGAAGAACCAGUCCCGGAUCAAGAUGAACAUUGUCAGAUGUCCCCCGGUGACCACCGUCCUCAUCAGACGGCCGGACCUCCGCUACCAGCUGGGCUUCAGUGUACAGAAUGGCAUUAUCUGUAGCCUUAUGCGCGGGGGCAUCGCCGAACGAGGCGGAGUCAGGGUGGGCCACCGCAUCAUAGAGAUCAACAGUCAGAGCGUGGUGGCGACGCCCCACGAAAAAAUAGUCCACAUCCUGUCUAAUGCUGUGGGAGAGAUCCACAUGAAGACGAUGCCUGCAGCCAUGUAUCGCCUCCUGACUGCUCAGGAGCAGCCUGUUUACAUUUGAUGAGACAAAAACCCUGAGUUCACACACCCUUUAAACUUCCUGUCUUUCUUCCCUCACCCCCUCCCUGUGCUCAUACCCCCCCACCCACCCACCCACCACCAUCUACAAGGGGACGAUUGUUUGGUCAUUGACCUUUUAGUGGCAGCAACACCGACACCAACAUGAUUCAUUCUCUGGCUACACGUGUCCUCAGCCCUGAAUGAACUAAACUAAUGGCUCAAAACAUCACAUUUUUAUUGUUCAUUUGAGGCUAAAAUGACAGUUUGGUGAAAGUUUAGCUCAUUUUUCUUAAGUAAUACCUCAUAAUAGUUCUUUUCAGUGGUUUGGAACUGAAUGCAACAUACUGAAGUCAUCGUCACUGGAUCUGUGAUCGUCAUAUUUUAACUCUGACUCUAAUUUCUGUUUUUCUGCAUCAACCACGUGUCCAUUAUGGGGCUGGGUACCAUUCCAAAGCAUGCAGACACCUUAACGUCACUACCAGUUCUUAAACAAUACAUUUUUCAAUCCCGAUGCCCCAUUUUUAACAAAAUUAAAGUACAUUUCACAUUUGAAUAUUAAUAAACUUCAAAUGCAGUUUCAUAACAUAAAUAAAUCUAGUUACCAAUGUUUGAAGUCUGUUAUAUGACAAAAAUAUUAUAACAAUAAACAUUUUCCUCUAAGUCGAUAUAGAUAAUGAUCAGAAUAAACUAAUCCAAAUCAUUGUUUCUUUAUAAUUUAAAACCUGAUUUUUGGUCCUGAUUAAAAAAACAAUGUAAAAUAUGCAACAAGACAAAAAUGUUUUAAAAGAUGCAAAAAGGCUAUCAAAUGAAA